AUGGCGCGUCUGGAUUUGGACAAGCUGUUGGACGUCGCACCUGAGACUAUCGAUCCUGAGAAUGAUACAUAUGUGAACCCUUCAGACUCGGAGGCGGAGGAGGCCAGCUCCGGUGAGGAGGAGGCCGAGGCGACCGAGGCCCGACGACACUACGUCGAUAUGGGCCCUAGCCAAAUGCGUCGAAAGGCUCGCCUCACAGAAUCGGAUGCAUUGGACCAGCCGAAAUACAAGAGUAUCAAAACUUCUCGCGAAGAGAUGUUCGGCGACGAUUUUGACGACGAUGAGGAGAUCACGUCUGAAAGCGAUGACAGCCUCGAGGGGGAAGAUCUCGACGAAGAUGACAGCCUUGCUGAGGAAAAAAACGAGGGCGAGAUCGACAGCGACGAGGAAGAGGUUGAAGAGGAGGAUGGAGACGACGAUGACGACGACGAACAACAGCUUGUCGUUCCACCCAAGAAGGCCGAGAAAAAAUCUCGAGCUACACCUGCCAUGGAGGAUACGCAUAGCACAGCCGAUACCCUUGCGACGCAGCAACAAGAGUCGCAAACCUUGCUGCAGCAACUUCACGCGAAGCGAUCGCAAGACGCUAAGAAAGGGCGGCAAGUCCAAAAGCAGAUUCGCAACUGGGAGAAAGCGCUGCGCCUUCGUAUUGCUCUGCAGAAAGUUGUUACAAGCGUAGGCCGUAUGCCGUCGGCAUCACAGUGGGAUACGUACCUGGACAAGGCGCCGGAAGUGCGCGAUGAUUUGGAUGCGGCUGCUGUAGAGCUCGAAGAUCUGGCAGCGAAUUUGCAAACGAUUCGGACGCAGCUGUGGAAAACCAAUGUGCCUUCGCUGGCCAAGGAGCUAGCGACAGUGCACCCUGACGCGAGUGCUUCCAAAGCCCUGUCAACGCUGGAAUCGAUCAUCGAGCCACAACGUCGUGCUCUUCUCGCGCGCUGGUCCGCCAAGAUCGCAGCGGCGCCAGACUCUCGUGGGACUAGUGCAGCUGCACGCCUUCAACUGCGUGCUAUGAACCAAGGCGUCGUCGAGCAGAUCGAUCAAGCCCUCGCAGGCGAAGGCCUUCGUCGCCUCAUUGAUCGGACUCGUGUAUGGCGUGGCGAAGGGACAGAGCGAUUGGGCGUAGCCGCUACAGACGACGAAGACACAAGUACCAAGGUGGAUCCAGAUGUCUUUGACGAUAGCGACUUUUAUGCCCAGCUGCUGCGUGAUCUCAUCGACAAUGCCAGCAUGGUCGAGGCAGGUAUGUCAGCUACUGCCUCUGAUGCAUUGCAAUCGCGCAAGCGGAAGCGGACUGUGGAUGUCCGUGCCUCCAAAGGCCGUCGCCUGCGCUACGAUGUUAUGGAAAAGGUGCAAAGCUUUAUGCCGCCUAUUCCCAAUACAAAAUGGGACGACGCGCAAAUUGAACGUCUGUUUACGCGUUUGGCGUCUGUGGCGCCUGCUGUCGUGGAAGAGACAGUGGAGACGACAGACGAUGUACCUGUCGACGAUGGUUUCCGUUUACUGGGAUAA